AUGCCCGCCAUCGUUCCACCUAAACACAACGGCCAGUUUCCUGCUCCACCUCCUCCAUCAGACCCUCCCACUGCUAACGACAUCGCUAUGGCAGCUGUAUACGAGCUAAACUGCAUAAACGCUCAUGGGGAUGGUGGCGUUCGAGAUGUCCACGUCGCUGAGGCUGCUUUAUAUAAGUAUGCUCUCCUGGUAGCUGCGGCCCCCAAACCGGAGGCGCCGCCACCAUGGUUCGCGCAAGCGCUGGAACACGCGAUGAGGCCAGUUCGCGAUGACAUUGCAAACCUGACGAACGACAUGCAGGCGAUGAAAAAAGACAUGGAAGCAGUCAAGUCUGAGGUCAGUUUGAUCAACAAACGUCAAGCAAACACGCAGCGAUGCGCAGCACUGGCGUACAAUAGGACUGUUCAGCCCGGCCGAGCUAUCCCAUUCGAGGAAGUACCCUUCCCAGAUGGAACUUACCCAUGGGGAAUGAUGGUCAAAAACGAACCCCUGCCCGAAUUGACAUCACUCGAGGCAGUGCGUGCUUUAAGCAGCCGCCAAUCCCUAGACUACCACGAAGGGUACUAUCCAGAGGAGGCCGCCCCGGAGGAUAGCCUGGUGCGCGAAAGGGCCAUCCUGCUCGCAAUUGGAGUCGAACUGGCUUGA